AUAACGCGUGACAGCAAGCAAGACAAGUUCGUCGUCGAACGCUGAUUAGUUUCAGAUUUUCCCAUCCGCCACCGCGCAUCGUUGAUUGUUUACGGAUUCCGGAUUACGGAGAUUUCGGAUAUCGUUCGCGUUUCAAGCUACGGUUCGCACUCGGACGUUUUGGCAGUUGCGCGAGUCGCCGCGGAUCAAGUGAAAGCGCCAAUAAUGCGCCGAUAGUUCCGGGUCGCGUCGCGUCGCGUUUUUUUUCUUCCACUUUGUUGUGUUGUGUGUUUUUUUUUUGAAGAGGGGGGCUGUUUUCAGAGUUUGUGACCGCGGAGCAGGGCACGGGAGCCCACAAUGAUUCUGGAAGAAAUAAACAUUUCCACCCAGGAGCUGCAGGCGCUGGCGCUGCUCGACAGCCGCCAGUAUGGAUUCCUCAAGCUUUCGGCACCAGAAAACGACAAAAAGAAGGUGCUGGUGCUGAAGGCCGUCAAAUAUCUCGAGCGAAUGCUCAUUCAAGCUCAGAAUCAAAAGGAGCACCAAGGCAAUGUCCCGGCGGAAGCCACCACAGGGACCAAAGAGUCCCCGGGGGACGAAGUUAAAAUUAAAACCGAAUCCACCGGCGGCGGCGGUGACCAAGCGUCGUCGACGGACGUCGAAAUGACCGAUCUUAGCGAUAAGGUAAAAAUGGAGGUGGACGAAGACGGAGGGGAGGGCGCUGGUUCUAAAUCCGCCGCCGACGAGGACAAACCGACCUCGGACGAUCCGUCACGGCCACCAUCCGCUACCCCCCUAAAAGAGAUCAAUAUCGACCCGAAAACGUACUGCAAAUUGGGUCACUUCCACCUGUUGCUCGAGGACUACGACAAAGCCCUCUCGGCGUAUCAAAAGUUUUACGCGCUCAAAAGUGACUACUGGAAGGAUCCGGCGUUCCUGUACGGGCUGGGGCUGGUGUACUUUUACAAGAACGCGUUUCGAUGGUCGAUCAAAUCGUUCCAGCAGUUGCUGUACGUCUGUCCGGACUUUACGCGUGCCAAUGAGGUCCACCUGCGGCUCGGGCUUAUGCUCAAAGUGAACGGAGAUUACGAGCAAUCGCAGAAGCACCUGCAGCUUGCCCAGAACGACGCGUCGCCGUGCACCUUCGGCAAGCUCGAGAUUCGCUUCCACAUCGCCCAUCUGUAUGAGGUCCAGAACAAGUUCAAGCCGGCCAAGGAAGCAUACGAGCAGCUACUCGGGGACAAACAGCUGACACCGGCGCUGAAGGCAGACAUCUACCGGCAGCUCGGAUGGAUGUACCACAGCAUUGAGACGCUCGGGGAGAAGUCACAGCGGGAGCGUUUCGCGAUCCACUGCCUGCACAAAUCGAUCGAGGCGGAACCGCGCUCGGGACAGACGCUGUACCUACUGGGCAGGUGCUUCGCCGGGAUCAACAAGGUCCACGACGCCUUCGUCGCGUACCGUAACUCGGUCGAGAAGAGCGAGGGCAACGCGGACACAUGGUGCUCCAUCGGAGUACUCUACCAGCAGCAGAACCAGCCUAUGGAUGCGCUCCAAGCGUACAUCUGUGCAGUACAGCUAGAUAAAUCGCACUCGGCCGCCUGGACCAACCUGGGCAUUUUGUACGAAAGUUGCAACCAGCCGCGGGACGCGUACGCGUGUUACCUCAACGCCACCAAAAACUCUGACGGACAGCAAUCGACCGUAGUGUCAGCCUUAACCACUGCCAGCAGUGCCCCCGCCGCCGUCAACAGCACACCGGCGGCCGCAGGAGGAACCACUCCCACCGGAACCACCAACCCGACCACAUCCAGCUCUUCCAGCGUCCCGCCAGCGCCAACUUCGGUCGCAACGCCAACAACACCAACAGCAGCAGCAGCGGGAGCCACAAUCGCCGGCAGCAACGGCGUUGGUGCGAAGCCGCAGAGUCUCGCCCAGCGCAUCAAGUUCCUGCAGCAGCACCUGGCACACGCACCUAUGCCGAGCAUCACGUCCAAGCGGCGGCAGCUACCUUCGAUCGAGGAAGCGUGGAAUCUGCCCAUCUCGAACGAAAUGAGCACCCGCCAGCAGCAGCAGACGGCCGCCGCGGCCCAGGCCCAGCAGCGACAGUUCCAGAAGGGUUACCCGCCGGCUAACCAGGCUGCCCAGUUCCAGGGCGGCAACGCGGCCGCCGCAGCCGCAGCUAACAAACGUUUCAAGCAAGAAGAUGGCGCCACUCCACAGCAGCAGGUCCCGGCUGGAGCCGGAGCCGCUCCCCGGCCCGGCCAGGUGCCGAACUUUUACCUUAACCAGCAGCAGCUGCAGAUGCUCCAAUAUCUGCAGCAGAACCAGGGCAACCUCAACGCGCAGCAGCAGAGUCUGUUGCAGCAGUACAGCCACCAGUACCGGAUGAUGCAACAGCACCAGCAACAGCUGCGAUUGCAACAGGCCCAGCAGCAGCAGCAGCAACGGAACCAACAGCAACCUCCAGCGACAUUCCAGCCCGGAUAUCCACCCCAGCAGCAGCAGCCACCGCAGCAAAUGGUGCCCGGAAGUGGGAACUUCUCGGCGGUGAGUGGCCAACCUGGCGGCUUCAAGCCGGGCACUCCCGGCACGGCGCCGUACGCUGGGGCAGGUUUCCCGGCGGGUCAAGCGAACGCAGCUGCGUUUACGCAGAUUAGCUCCUCGAAUCAGGCGGAUCUUGACCAAGAACUCCAGGCGCUGCUCUCCUCCAAGGACGACACGGCCACGUUCGCCGAAACGUUGCUCAAGCAGUUCGGCUCGGACGACCUGGACAUCAAGGACAUCAAACCGCUUGAUCAGCAGCCAGCCCAGCAAAAUGGAACCACGGCCGACUCCACCUCGACGGCGAACCGUGCCGAGGGCGACAAAUCACCCACCAUCAAGGCGGAAGCCACCUCCUCCACCUCCAGCAACAGUUCGUCGGCCAAGAGGCACCUGUUGGCCAAGCACGACAUCAAGCUGGAGCCGGUGAUCAAGAUCGAAAAGCUAACGGAGACGGCCGUAAAGCCGGGCUUCAGCAUCGAGAUGAGCGCCAAGGAGUUGCUGCAGGCGGUGAAAAAGUCCGACCUGAAGGACAUCCCGGCGGUGGCGUCGACGGUGAUGGCCGAUGCGCCACCUCCCGCUCCUCCAGAGUGUCCGCCGCAGCGACUGACCCGCGAGCAGCUGCAACCUCCGACGCCGUCGGUGUUCCUGGAGAACAAGAAGCACGCGUACAGUCCACAGCUGCAGGAGUUCUGCCUUAAGCAUCCGAUCGCGGUGGUGCGACAGCUGGGGGCGGCCUUGAAGCUGGACUUGGGACUGUUUUCGACGAAAACGCUGGUGGAAGCCAAUCCGGAUCACAGCAUCGAGGUGCGAACGCAGGUUCACCAGUCGUCGGACGAGAACUGGGACCAGUCGAUGAAGUCCAAGGUGUGGGCGUGCAUUUCCCACCGGUCGCACACCACCAUCGCCAAGUACGCGCAGUACCAGGCGUCGAGCUUCUCCGAUAAGAUCAAGGAGGAACGCGACAAACUUGCAGGCAUCGUCAGUACCAACUCCGACUCCGAUUCGAAGGACUCGAUCACAAACAGCGGCAGCGGGGCGGGAUCCGGCAACGGGCGGCGAAAGAAGGGCUGCAAAAGCAGCAACAAAAUGCUCCGCUUCGGCACGAACGUGGACCUGUCCGACGAACGCAAGUGGAAAACCCAGCUGACGGAGCUGCAAAAGCUGCCCCCGUUCGCGCGGGUCGUCUCCGCCGCCAACAUGCUGUCCCACGUGGGCCACAUGAUCCUCGGGAUGAACACGGUGCAGCUGUACAUGAAGGUGCCGGGCAGCCGGACGCCGGGCCACCAGGAGAACAACAACUUCUGCUCGAUCAACAUCAACAUCGGGCCCGGGGAUUGCGAGUGGUUCGCCACGCCCGACUCGUACUGGGGCGGCAUCCAGGCGCUGUGCGAGAAGAACAACAUCAACUACCUGCACGGUUCGUGGUGGCCGGCGCUCGAGGACCUGUACGCGGAGAACAUCCCGGUGUACCGGUUCACGCAGCGGCCCGGCGAUCUGGUGUGGGUCAACGCUGGUUGCGUGCACUGGGUGCAGGCCAUCGGCUGGUGCAACAACAUCGCAUGGAACGUGGGCCCGCUGACGGCGCGCCAGUACCAGCUCGCGGUCGAGCGGUACGAGUGGAACAAGCUGGAGAGCUACAAGAGCAUCGUGCCGAUGGUGCACCUCAGCUGGAACCUGGCGCGCAACAUCAAGGUCUCCGACCGGAAGCUGUUCGAGCUGGUCAAAACCUGCCUCAUGAACACGAUGAAGCACUGUAUGCAGAUCCUCGAGUACGUCAAGUCGAAGGGCAUCGAGGUGCGGUUCCACGGGCGCGGCAAGAACGAAGCGUCCCACUACUGCGGACAGUGUGAAGUCGAAGUGUUCAACAUUCUGUUCAUCCGCGAGCAGGAGAAGCGCCACGUGGUGCACUGCAUGGGCUGUGCCCGCAAGCAGGCCCCCACGCUGCAGGGCUUCGUGUGCCUCGAGGAGUACAAGAUGGCCGAGCUGAUGCAGAUCUACGACGCGUUCGCGUUGCACAUCCCGCCCCCGCUACCUCCGCCGUCGCAAUCUCCCCAGCAGCAGCAGCCUUCCACCACAAGCUCCGGUGCACCAGCAGUGGCAGUGGCCGCGUCCUCGUCCGCCGUUACCAUCAGCUCGUCCUCGUCGAGUUCGACGCCGCCCGCUUCUACGCCGAUGCAGGUUUCGUAAUUCGGCGCCGUUUCAAAUUUAGUUCAAUUUAAAAACGUGCCGUCUGGCUGCGCAUUUGUUGUCCUCUUCUGAAGGAAGAAGAUAGCGAUGCGGAGACGGAAGGCGCUCAACUGAAAAGACUUAACACAAUUCCCUCCCGAGAGAGAGAGAGAGAGAGCGAGAGAGCGAACCGAACAACACACACACAGACUAGCGAGUAGGAUUUUUUUUCUUUGUAAAUAGGCCCCUUUAAACGAAAGCAAGUAACACACACACACCAGAAAUAUUCACUGAACUUUUGUAAUUAGCUGGAAAAACUGCAACCCAUCACUGCUUUAUUACCGUAUAAUUGUAUAGAUAAGUGCGAGAGUGGCGCGUCGAGGCGCAGUGGAAAAGUGGAAAUAUAUAAGAAUUUAAACAAAUGGAGAUCAACUCACC